CCUGCGCGGCGGGGACACAUUCGAACGUUAUUUUUCGGCUGACGUAAUAAAUGUAAAGUUGUCUUUAAAUUUUAGUCUUAAGUUGCGAAUUAUGGUGAUCAAAAGUCUGCAAAGAAAUGGCUACUAAUCAGGAGGCUGACGAACAUGUCUUCAAGGUGCCAGAAUUUACGGUCAAAGGUUUUCUCGCUAAUCUUCGAAAGAAGAAACAACGAGCACAGAAUCGUCUUCUCCGACGGCUCACUAGUCGUAGUUCCAUGAAUCAGAAGGCUCGAAAACGCCAUGCUAGUCGUCAUUCCCGGAAGAAGUCGCGUUAUUAUAAAACAGGCGCAAUGACGGUCAAAUUUAUUUGCAAAUUUGAAGGUUGGGAUGCAAUCGGCACUACGAAAAUAUCCAUUGCACUUUCGCAAAUUACUUUUGAAAGUUUGUUGUUAAGACCAAUUCCGAUAAGCCACCUCAAACUCGAUACUCCCAACGCCCCCUUGAUCCAAUUAAACGGGAAGAAACUUUACAUCCUUGUUGGUUCCGAUUCGUGGGACAUUGAAUUUCCAACGGAAAAAAAGGCAACGACUUUUUUCAAGAAUGUUCGUGCCAUACUUAACCAAGUGCCCAGCCCAACCCCUGCAGACCCUUCGUGAAAUUAAAAAUUUGUAACCUUAAUAAUAAUGACGGAUUUGACCAUUGACUAUAACUUAUAGUCUAUAAGAUUAGAUUAACCAUAUAUAUAUAUAUACCUUACGUUAUGUAGCCUAGUAACUUUUGUACACAUUAUGCUGAUAAGUUUUCGAAAUGACUUCCCUUAUGGAAAUGACUCGCCUCCAGAUCUCACUUAAUAAAUAAGUUUAAA